GGCAGGGGGCGGCGGUGCCAGGAGCCGGGGCCGAGAGUAAGGCUCAGCGGCCGCCGCGGCAACAAGUGCUGGAGCUGAGGCGAGCCGGAGCCGCCCAGACCCCGCCGGGCCGCCCGUCCGCGCAUUGCGCAUGGAGCGAGAGCGGCGGCGGUCGCGGGGCUGAGCCGCAAGAGCGGCUGGGACGUGGAUGCGGCCGCGGUCUUCCGCCCCGCCCCGCCGAGCUGGAGGUGUCCCUAGACAAGGUAUGAGAGAUGAGUGUGGGGCGUCGAAGAGUCAAGUUGCUGGGCAUCCUGAUGAUGGCAAAUGUCUUCAUUUAUUUGAUUGUGGAAGUCUCCAAAAACAGUAGCCAAGACAAAAAUGGAAAGGGAGGAGUAAUAAUCCCGAAAGAGAAGUUCUGGAAGCCACCCAGCACUCCCCGGGCAUACUGGAACAGGGAACAGGAGAAGCUGAACAGGUGGUACAAUCCCAUCUUGAACAGGGUGGCCAAUCAGACAGGGGAGCUAGCCACAUCUCCAAACACAAGUCACCUGAGCUAUUGUGAACCAGACUCGACGGUCAUGACAGCUGUGACAGAUUUUAAUAAUCUGCCGGACAGAUUUAAAGACUUUCUCUUGUAUUUGAGAUGCCGGAAUUACUCGCUGCUUAUAGAUCAACCGAAGAAAUGUGCAAAGAAGCCCUUCUUACUAUUGGCGAUAAAGUCCCUCAUUCCACAUUUUGCCAGAAGGCAAGCAAUUCGGGAGUCUUGGGGCCGAGAAACCAACGUAGGGAACCAGACAGUAGUGAGGGUCUUCCUGUUGGGCAAGACACCCCCAGAGGACAACCACCCUGACCUUUCGGACAUGCUUAAGUUUGAGAGUGACAAGCACCAGGACAUCCUCAUGUGGAACUAUAGAGACACAUUCUUCAACCUGUCCCUGAAGGAAGUGCUGUUUCUUAGGUGGGUGAGCACUUCCUGUCCAGACGCAGAGUUUGUCUUCAAGGGCGAUGAUGACGUGUUUGUGAACACCCAUCACAUCCUUAAUUACUUGAAUAGCUUAUCCAAGAGCAAAGCCAAAGACUUGUUCAUAGGUGACGUGAUCCACAAUGCUGGGCCUCACCGGGAUAAGAAACUGAAGUACUACAUCCCAGAAGUCUUCUACACCGGCGUCUACCCACCGUAUGCCGGGGGUGGUGGAUUCCUGUACUCCGGCCCCCUUGCCUUGAGGCUGUACAGUGCGACUAGCCGGGUCCAUCUCUACCCUAUUGAUGAUGUUUAUACGGGAAUGUGCCUUCAGAAACUGGGCCUUGUUCCAGAGAAGCACAAAGGCUUCAGGACAUUUGAUAUUGAAGAGAAAAAUAAGAAAAAUAUUUGUUCCUAUAUAGACCUAAUGUUAGUACAUAGCAGAAAACCUCAAGAGAUGAUUGAUAUCUGGUCUCAGUUGCAAAGUCCUAAUUUAAAAUGCUGAAAUAGACAUGAGCUGCAUUUCACAGAAAGGCCUAGCCUGACUAGUUCCCAUGGUGUGCUCUCACAAUAGGUGAGUUCUGUGUGAGGCUAUUAGCCUUCAUGAGCAGGUAGCCCCUGGGCUCCCAAGCCCUCAGUCCUUCCCUUGCCUUGUGAAGAGGGAAGGCUGAAGACAGCUCAGCAUGGCAGGGUGAGUGGUUAUGACCCUUCCUCUGGCUGCCGGUCCUCAGUUUCUAAUUUGUUUUCUUUCUCCUCCACAAUUAUGUAUGUAUGUGUGUAUAUAUGUGUGUGUGUACAUACAUACAUAUAUAUAUAUGUAGGACACAACCUGGUGGCUUUGUGAAAUGGAAUUCUAUGUAUUUUCAUAAGAUUUUGAAAGUUGUCUAGAAAGUAGACUGAUGUCAAUCUCCCGUCACCCAGCAGUAUUGUCCUUGUUACUAGAAACCGUUACUUCCUUUAUGCAAGGAAAGCCACGCAGUGCGUGUAGUUCAUCUUGUCAGGGCUUAUGGCCAUGAGGACAGAGGGGAUUUUCUUUUUACUUGUGUUUGGUUUCCUGGGUGGCAUCAUGGUAGUUAACCUAUUUUUAGUAUUUGAAGAUCAUGAGUGUGAUUCCCUAAUGGCCAACUGGAGACUGAGUAGCCCGACAGCCAUGGGUCUGUGAGUGUUCAGAGACUGGGAAGCAUUCGCCACUUCUGAGCUUUGGACGUGAUUAGUCAGUUAAAACCCCAAGAUUCUAUUCUUGCCAUAUUAUCACGUAUUCCUUAGAUAAAAUUCUGGGUAGUGACACUUCCCUGUCUCAGUGUAGAAGUGCCUGUGCUUUUAUUUAUUGUUCAGAUCAAACACCAAAACAUUUUCUUAAAAAAUAUUUUGUGUAAUAUUUUAUUUGUAUACAGUGUUUGUGAAAUAUUUAACUAGAGCAUGAUAUUUUAUUUUUUCUCAUUUUUAAUUCUUUGAGAAUUUCAUACAAUGUGUUUUGAUUGUAUUCACCUCCCCAUCUCCUCCCAGAUCCAGCAUGAUGUUUUAAAUGUUAAGCUGUAACAUGUUAGAUAAAGUUAACUCUUAUUUUUGAAUUUUAAAAUUUGGAUGGGGGGGUAUGAACUGCUAGAGAAAAUAAAGUUCUGCCAAAAUAUUGCAUAUACUAGUAUCUUGUAACAUGCUUUCUUGAAAUAUUUUUGUGCUUUAGAGGGUUCUCACCUGUGCUACAGGGGACUGGGAAAAAGUGGAAAUAAAGUGAUUGUAUUUUUUAAUCAUCACGUAU